AAGGGGAGGAGGAUGGGAAGAGGAGGAUCCCCGCCCAACGUGGAUGUUGCAGGAAAGAAAUGAGACUCGGAGCGAGGACAAAGAGGCAAUGUCAGAGUGAAUGACAAGCUGAGAUACAAUGCUUCAGCAUCUGAUGACAGUGAUUGCAUGAAUCUUCCCAGUCAAAGGACCCAUUUUCAUGAUAGACAGUGCCUGUGGCUGGAGGCUCUACACACCAGGUGUGCCUGUGCAGGCCAAAGACUGCCAGUAUUAGCACAGGAUUUCCUUUCUGCCCACUCUGAAAAAGGUGAUGGAGAAGACAGAAUUGCAGGGGACAGGGCACCUUUUGUUUCAUUAGGUAUAGCCAUUAAAAUGUGUGAAAUGUGGAAUAUGCUUCACUGAAUGAGCACACAUAGUUCACAUCAACGAACACAAGAAGGAAAGAAUACAUUUAAAGGUAUGGAGUGUGGAAAGAGCUUCUCUUUCAAUGCAAAACUUAGAACACACCAGCGGACUCACAGAGAGAGAAAACGUUUUACGUGCAGGGAGUGUGGGAAGAACUUCAGUAAGAGUGGAAACCUUAAAUUGCACAAACAGACUCACACAGGGGAGAAACCAUUUAAAUGUAUCGAGUGUGGAAAGAGCUUCAGUCAGAGUGGACACCUUAGACAACAUCAACGGACUCACACAGGGGAGAAACCAUUCAAAUGUGUGCAGUGUGGGAAGUGCUUCAGUUUCAGUGCAAGCCUUAGAUCACAUCAACGGAAUCACACAGGGGUGAAACCAUAUGAAUGUAUGGAGUGUGGAAAAGUCUUCACUCAGAGUGGACACCUCAAAACACAUCAACGAACACACACAGGGGAGAAAGCAUUUGAAUGCAUGGAGUGCGGAAAAGUCUUCAGUCAGAGUGGAAACCUCAAAAUGCAUCAACGGACUCACACAGGGGAGAAUCCAUUUAAAUGCAUGGAGUGUGGAACGAGCUUUCGUCAUAGUGGAAGCCUUAGACAACAUGAACGGACUCACACAGGGGAGAAACCAUAUAGAUGCACUGAGUGUGGAAAGAGCUUUAGUGUUAGUGGAAGGCUUAGAGAACAUCAACGGACUCACACAGGGGAGAAACCAUUUAAAUGCAUGGAGUGUGGAAAGGACUUCAGUAAAAGUUCACACCUUAGAUCACAUCAACAGACUCACACAGGGGAGAAACCAUAUAAAUGCAUGGAGUGUGGAAAGAGCUUUAAUAAUAGUGGAAACCUUAGAAGACAUCAACGGACUCACACAGGGGAGAAACCAUAUAAAUGCAUGGAGUGUGGAAAGAGCUUUGGUGAAAAUGGAAGCCUUAGAAGACAUCAACAGACUCACACAGGGGAGAAACCAUAUCAAUGUAUGGAGUGUGGAAAGGGCUUUGGUGAAAAUGGAAGCCUUAGAAGACAUCAACGGACUCACACAGGGGAGAAACCAUGUCAAUGUAUGGAGUGUGGAAAGAGCUUCAAUUUCAAUGCAACCCUUAGAAUACAUCAACGGACUCACACAGGGGAGAAACCAUUUAAAUGCAUGGAGUGUGAAAAGAGCUUUAGUGUUAGUGGAAGCCUUAGAUCACAUCAACGGACUCACACAGGGGAGAAACCAUUUAAAUGCAUGGAGUGUGGAAGGAGCUUUAGUGAUAGUGGAAGCCUUAGAGAACAUCAACGGACUCACACAGGGGAGAAACCAUUUAAAUGUAUGGAGUGUGGCAAGGACUUCAGUCGGAGUACACACCUUAGAAAACAUCAACGGACUCACACAGGGGAGAAACCAUAUAAAUGUAUCAAGUGUGGAAACAGCUUUAGUAAUAGUGGAAACCUUAGAAGACAUCAACGGACUCACACAGGGGAGAAACCUUUUUAAAUGUAUGAAAUGGGGAAAGAGCUUCAGUUAUAGUGGAAACCUGAGAAGACAUCAACAUGCUCACAUCGGUAAGAAACAAUUUAAAUGUAUGGAGUGUGGAAAGAGCUUUAGUGAUAAUGGAAAACUUAGAACACAUCAACGGACUCAGACGGGAGAAACCAUUUAAAGGUAUGGACUGUAAAAGGAGCUUCAGUCAGAGUGGAACCCUUGAUUUAUGUCAACAAACUCAAACAAAAGACAAACCAUAUAAAUAUCAGGAAAGUAGAUAGAGGUUCACUGUUAGUGGAAGUUCAGAAUCAACAGACUUAUGGACAGGAAGAACUUUAACAGUUGACGCCCUUCAAACCAUCACAAACUCAAAGAGGAGAAGCAGUUUAUAUGAAAAGACUGCAAAAAGUGCUUUAUUUAUAAUGGAGUAUUUAAGGAACAUCAAGGGACUCUCACAUGACAGAACCCAUUUAGAUGUAUGGAGUGUGGGACACCUUCCUCUCAGAGUCCACUCUGAUCAAUAAACUCAGCCGGAAAUCAUUCCUAAAAGCAUGAGGUAUAUGUGAAGUUCUGGUGUUUAUAUGUAAAACUGCAUAAUAAUGAAAUAAUGAAGGCAACAUCUCACAAUAGUGAGUAUAAUUUUAGAUGAAAGUACCUUUGGUUUUUGCACCAAACUCUCUCACCCCCCCCCCACCGCAU